AUGACAGACCAACAUACAGUCUACCGCCUCUCCCACCGCAAAGACUUCUCAGGCAUAACCGCACAUCAAGAAGACAUCCCAACCCCUCAACCCCACGAAGUCCUCAUCCAAGUCCGGAACGUCGCCCUCAACUACCGAGACAUCAGCAUCGCAACCUCGCGCUACGUCUCGCCCGUCAAGGAAAACCUAAUCCCAUGUUCCGACCUCGCAGGCUCGAUCGCCGCCCUAGGAUCCGCCGUCACCGACUUCUCCCUCGGCGACCGCGUCGUCGCCGCCUUCGACCCCACGAUCCUGUACGGCCCGCGCCAGGGCCUGGGCGCGGGGCUCGGAGGCAUGGUCGACGGCGUUCUGCGCGCCUUCGUCGCGCUUCCGAGCACCUGCGUCGUCAGGAUUCCAGAGGACGAGGGGGAGCAGAGAUGGGGCGAGUGGGCGAGUCUCGUGUGCACGGGCGUCACGGCGUGGAAUGCUCUCUUCGGAAACGUGCCUUUGAUGCCGGGGCAGAGUGUGCUUUGUCAAGGUACCGGCGGCGUAUCGAUCACCGCGUUGGUCUUCGCGAAAGCGGCUGGGGCGACUGUCAUCGUGACGUCUUCGAGCGACGAAAAGCUUGAGAUGGUGAAGAGGAGGUUCGGCGCUGAUCACACCGUCAACUACGAGACCUCGCCGGAUUGGGCCGAAGAUGCACUCCGCAUCACGAAAGGUAGGGGCGUUGACUUCGUCAUUGAGAAUUGUGGCUCUGGAACCAUUAGCCAAAGUCUCAAAGCAGUCGCAUACGGGGGUAUUGUGGCCUGUAUUGGGUUCUUGUCGCCGGCGAAGCAGGAGGAUAUGCCGGAUGUCGCUAAGCUUGCGUUAUUGAAAGGUGCGGUCGUGAGGGGGAUUCAGGUGGGGAGCAAGCAGAUGCUGGAAGAUGUUGUGAGGUUCGUGGCUGCAAGGAAUCUGCGUAUCCCGAUUGAUAGGGAGUUCGGGUUCAGUAGGGAGGAGGUUGUUAGGGCGUAUGAGUAUGUUCGGUCUGGUAAGCAUGUCGGGAAGGUGUGCAUCAAAGUGUCAUGAUAUCUAUCUAUUGCAUUUUGCGAAAAUCAAUCCGCGAUGUAUUCGGUCAGCAUGGAUAAUGAGAGGUGAGUGGUGAG